CUUACAUUUAUAAUCUCAUCAUAAAUUAAUUAUCUUCGGUGAUCCUUGUCAAAGUACCAAUUCUGGUGCAAACCAACAGCACAAGUCUGGUACUUCAUUUAUCUACAUCAGCUUUUGUUCCUCAGAGUCGGUAAAUUCUAAAAACCCUACAUCUUAUUUCAACUGCGUUCAGAUCAUCUGAAUUUUGUUAAUCUUGCGUGCUAAUCAAUCAUUGCCAGUAUUCUUUUGUAAGAUCUUGAUUUUCUUUUACGAAGCUCGCAGAAGUGACAACUUAAUUUAAUUGGAUCGCCGAUUUGGGAAGAUUUUGUGGAGAUGAUCGUCUGUAUUGCAGUUGUGGGUCACCAGAAUAAUCCACUUUACAUACAGAGUUUUACCGAAGCUGAUGAUGCCCUUAAACUUCAUCACAUUGUUCACUGCUCCUUGGAUGUCAUUGACGAACGAGUGAACAAUCCCAAAAAAUCUGGGCCGAUGCUAAAUGAAACGUUUUUAGGUUUGCUGUACCCAACAGAGAACUACAAAGUGUACGGCUAUUUGACUAAUACUAAGGUGAAAUUCAUUUUGGUGACCACUGAUCUGGAUGUUAGAGACGCUGAUGUUAGGAAUUUCUUCAGAAAAUUCCAUUCAGCUUAUGUGGAUGCAGUAUCAAAUCCUUUCCACAUACCCGGUAAAAAGAUAACCUCACGAACAUUUGCUGUAAGCGUCAGCAACAUUGUCAAGUCUUUUGGAUUGGGCUCAUCUGGGUGAAUUUGCAUUAUCCUUCAGGAAUUUGUUAAGCCUUUCUGUCGGAAUCAACAAAAUCCGUGUUCCAUGCUGAAGGAGUUAGCUACAAAAUUUAUCAGCAUGAUGCUUUUUUCAACGAAUGGCCUGAAUCUGUGAGUUUGUUCUUCAUGACGGACUAGGGAAAAGUUAUCUAAACUGAACUAGGCAUGCUAUUGGAUUUUGUAUGAUUUGUCAUUUUUUCUUAAAUAUACUUUACUUUAUAAUUGCAUUUGCCUAAUGUAGUUAAAUUCUGAAGCUUGA